AUUUAUUCGAAUCAGGGCAUAGCAUUUAUUUUCAUGGAUGCAAGUCUGCGGCGCAUCCCUUCUCCAUGAACUGGAUAUCUAUAAGCUCGAAUAGAAUCCCAUCUCUGUGUCAUCAGAAUUCAGAGCUUUCCUCCUCCAAUGCUCCCCACCCCCCCAUCUUGGUUUCUAAACCUGCGGUAGAUUAGAAACAACAACAGCAGCAACGUGACAUUUCUGCACCAAAUCGGGCUCCACAUUGCUCUGAUGCCAAUCAUGCACGCAUCUCUCCUUAUUUAAGAUGCAGCAGUACAAAACACAUGGAUGAGAGACAUGAGUUGCAGCAGUUCAAGUGUGGAGUGAAUGAAUGCGGUGGAGUCGGAGGCAUACAGAGUACAAAUAGUUCUUCGUGGUACUCAAACAUGGUGGUGGGUGGCCUUCAUUGCCGGUGACCACCGGGACCAGAAGCUCCCGAAUCUGCUUUACUAGGAAGACGCGAAGCUCCUUCGACUCGAUGCCCAUCAGGACAAGAGGGCCAGAUUUGCCUCAGCAGCUCCCACGAGCCCCUCUGCGCCCCAUGACGACCACCGUCAUCUCCGACGCCAACCUCCUUCCCGGAAUGGCUGUCGAGAGGAAGCGAGGCACCAAGGUGGAGGACUUGGAGGCCAAGUUGAGCAAAGCCCAGGAAGGGCUCAGGAAGGUCGGAGACCCACUCCUGGACUCUGCUGAAGACGUCAAGAUCGAUGAUGAGAAGUUCGACAAGGAGUUGGAGCCCGAGUCCGAAGCGGCCGACCUCAGCUCUCCUUCGCCCACCGAUGAGACAAUGAUCGAACAUGGGCUACACGAGAGCCCAGAGGCGGUGGAGCUCAAGGCCAUGAUACUGGCGAAAGAGGAGGAGGUACUGACUCUUUUGGAAGAGAACAUGAUCUUCAAGAGAAGAGCCGAGGAAGAAGCCGCGAGGAUGGCGGCAGCAGCGGGAGCCAGAGAACACGAGCUGAAGACGAGGAUAGAGUCAUUGGAAGAGGAGUUGAAGGAGAGCACGGCGAGAGCAGCAGAGCUGGUGCAGCACUUGGCGGUGGCGGAGGGAGCAAAAGCCAGACUCGAGGCGGAGAUGAGGCGGCUGCGGGCACAGACGGAGCAGUGGCGCAAGGCAGCUGAGGCGGCAGUCACUUUGCUGGCCACCGCCGGUACACCGGACAAACACCUUGGUGGUGUCGGAUAUUUCGGACGAUGCUCGCCGUUGAUCGCCGGUGAAUCGGAGGAGGAGAUGGCUGGAGGAGCGAGAAGGAAGGCAGCGGUGGGAAUUCGGAUGUUCGGAGAGCUGUGGAAGAAGAGAAUCCAGCAACAGCAGCAGCAGCAGUAGUAAGCAUGGAAGGGAACAACAACAGCAGCGUCCUCCUUGUCCUCCUCCUGCUUUUGCUGCUCUCAGCUUUGGUUGUGUCGGUCGAAGACAACCAAACCAACCACUUCCUAUUUUUGGUAACCUUUUAACUGUGUGUUGGAGCUGCAACGAUGUAUACAUUUGUGGCGAGAUGGUUCGGAGCCUUAAAAAUGUCCAAACGUUGUUUGGCACGUAAAUGAAGUGUUCGUUUCCUUAA